GAGUGGCGCCCUCGGUGUUGACAGGCCAAGGUGAGGGCAACGUGUCGUGAAAGUGACAGACUUGUCAAGUUGGUAAAUUUUUUUGGUGCGAUGGACUCCCAGCCGAGCAAAACAGACAUCGAGGCCGUUUUUCACAGACUGAGGGCCAGCGCUGCAAACAAAGUAUGUUUUGAUUGCAACGCCAAGAACCCGACCUGGGCUAGCGUCACCUACGGGGUGUUCAUCUGCAUCGACUGCUCAGCUGUGCACCGAAGCCUGGGGGUGCACUUGACGUUUGUGAGGUCCACGCAGCUUGACACCAACUGGACAUGGAUGCAGUUGCGCCAGAUGCAACUAGGGGGCAACUCCAACGCUAUCCAGUUCUUUGCACAACACAACUGUGUCACCACAGACGCCCAGAAGAAGUACAACUCGAGGGCGGCUCAGUUGUACCGAGACAAGUUGCAGCAAGUAGCUGCCAACUCCCUCAGAACCAACACACAGCUUCAUGUUCAUCCCCAUGUUGAGGAGAGUUCCGCCGAGAAAGAGGUUGAUUUCUUCACGGAGCAGGAAAAUUUUGCCCUUCCUGACGCCCCUCUGCAACAACAACAGAAAAUUGAAGAAUCACAAUCUCUGCAAAAGGAUGUUAAAAGUCCAGAUGAAGGCCCCAAGGUCGACUUUACAGCCCCCUCAGAGCCGCGGAAAUCCACAAUCACUACGAGAAAACCCCCUAAUAAAAAGUCAGGCCUGGGGGCAAAGAAGGGCCUCGGCGCCACCAAAGUCAAGACGAACUUCGCCGACUUGGAGCGAGAAGCCGAAAUCGCGGAAGAAAGCCGUCUUCGGGCUCUCGAAGACGCCGCCAAAGCGGCCGCUUUGUCCUUGAAAGAGCAAGAAGAUCGCGAAGCUGCCGUCCGUCUGGCCUACAAGGAUCUCAGCAAUGAACAACAAAAAAAAGAGGAACAAUUAAGGAAGCAAGAUCCGAAAAAAGCCGAACAGCUCGAAAGAUUGGGAAUGGGAGUCAGCGCGAAAAGUUUUUGUUUGUCAAGCGGGGUGAGUCACUCCGCUCUCAGCGACAUGAAGGAAAUCGAGCAGGAGAACGUCCAGGCGGCUCCGAGUACUUUGAGUUCUUUGGGGAAAUUGCGCAUUUCGGAUAGUGAUAGCUUUUUUGACGAGUAUUCGUUCAGUUCCGGUUUUAACAUGAAUCGGACUAGCAAAUUGGACUCGUUCUUGGUGGAGAGCGCCAAGGAGCGCGAGAAGGACAGUUGGGUUAUCGUGGAGGACCCAGUCGAGAAACCAAAGACGACGUACCGAACGCCGGAGAAAUCGUCACGGAGUAGUGUGGACACCAGUACCGACGUAGCUCAGAAGAAAUUCGGGAACGCAAAAGCCAUUUCUUCCGAGCAGUUCUUCAACGACCGAGAGACGGACUACGAGACUAAAGCGAAUUUGAACAGAUUCCAGGGUUCUUCCAGUAUUUCUUCAGCCGAGUUUUUCGGCAACGGCCAAGAAGCUACUCCCAGUUCACAUUCGCUGCAAGCAUACGACCUAGAGGACGUACGAGAGAGCGUCAGACAAGGCGUCACCAAAGUGGCCGGAAAAAUCAGCUCUUUGGCCAAUGGAGUCAUGUCGUCGCUACAGGAACGUUACGGUUACUAGCAAAUAGUGAACGAAAAAUGUUAGAGAUCCAUCAUGGCACAUUUGCAAUAUUUUAAACAAUUAUGUUAUCUCCAAUUGAAAAUGUGCCUUGAUAUUAUUAUGUAAGGGGGUUAAAUGUUGUAAUUAAAUAGACAUUGUUGAUAGCACUCUAAAAGUUUUUAUGAAGUCACUAAACAAGAUUUUUUAGCAGUAUGACAGUGCCAUUUGUUUUACUCUAGAUCUUGUUGGAGAUUUUAUUUUUAUGUUUUUUGUAUAUGGAAUUUAUUUUUUUGAACGAUUAUCAUUUACCUCGACGCCUCAGUUAAUACAGAUUAUACAUGUACAUGAUUUUUUCAAUAAAUUUAUCCAAAAGUCA